GCGCUCCCACACGCUCUAUAAGAUAGCGCUCCCACACGCUCUAUAAGAUAGCGCUCCCACACGCUCUAUAAGAUAGCGCUCCCACACGCUCUAUAAGAUAGCGCUCCCACACGCUCUAUAAGAUAACGCUCCUCGACCGUGAGAGGAAAAGGCGGCGCUGGGCAGCACCAUCUCUCCGGACGGAUCCACCUAGUUUGGCGUGUGGCUCCUCCCAGGAAGCAGUGACAGGCUUGUUUCAGCAGCUCCUCUCCAUCCCUCCGCUCUGUGAGUGUGAGAGUGUCUUAUUAUUCCUCUCAAUGCAGCUGCCAUACAGGCAGAGCCCAAGCAUGUCCUACUGCAAGCCGCCCCCGCCUCCUCUCUCAUAGCACCGCAAGCCGCACACCUUCUGGGCUCGGGCGGGACCGCCGCAUGCUGGGCUCGGCUCUGGGAGAAGCAGCAAGGUGGGAAGAACGGGGAGCUCUGUGCAAUAUACAAGAGAAAAGGAAACAUGGCGAGCGACUCCCCGGCUCGUAGCUUGGAUGAGAUAGAUCUGUCGGCGCUGAGGGAUCCCGCUGGAAUAUUUGAGUUGGUGGAACUAGUUGGGAAUGGAACUUAUGGACAAGUUUACAAGGGUCGCCAUGUUAAAACUGGACAGCUUGCAGCUAUUAAAGUCAUGGACGUCACAGGGGAUGAAGAAGAAGAGAUCAAACAAGAGAUUAAUAUGCUGAAGAAAUACUCACAUCACAGAAAUAUUGCCACAUAUUAUGGGGCAUUUAUAAAAAAGAACCCUCCUGGAAUGGAUGAUCAGCUAUGGCUGGUAAUGGAAUUCUGUGGCGCUGGAUCCGUCACUGAUUUGAUCAAAAACACCAAAGGCAAUACUUUAAAAGAAGAGUGGAUUGCUUACAUCUGCAGGGAGAUCUUACGGGGCCUGAGUCAUCUGCACCAGCACAAAGUGAUUCAUCGAGAUAUUAAGGGGCAGAAUGUCUUGCUGACAGAAAACGCAGAAGUUAAACUGGUGGAUUUUGGUGUUAGUGCCCAGCUUGACAGAACAGUUGGCAGGAGAAAUACGUUUAUUGGAACACCAUAUUGGAUGGCUCCUGAAGUUAUUGCCUGUGAUGAAAACCCUGAUGCAACCUAUGACUUUAAGAGCGACUUGUGGUCUUUAGGAAUAACAGCCAUAGAAAUGGCAGAGGGAGCUCCCCCACUCUGCGACAUGCACCCAAUGAGAGCCCUCUUUCUUAUCCCUCGCAAUCCAGCCCCAAGAUUGAAAUCAAAGAAAUGGUCUAAAAAAUUUCAGUCAUUUAUUGAGAGCUGCCUUGUGAAGAAUCACAGCCAAAGACCCACAACAGAGCAGUUAAUGAAACAUCCCUUUAUCCGGGACCAGCCUAACGAAAGGCAGGUUCGAAUCCAACUUAAGGAUCACAUUGACAGAACAAAGAAAAAAAGAGGGGAAAAGGAUGAAACUGAGUAUGAAUAUAGUGGAAGCGAAGAAGAAGAGGAAGACAAUGAUUCCGGAGAGCCAAGCUCAAUUUUAAAUCUGCCUGGGGAAUCAACAUUAAGAAGGGAUUUCUUGAGGCUGCAGUUGGCAAAUAAGGAGCGUUCAGAAGCCCUGAGACGCCAGCAGCUGGAACAGCAGCAACGGGAAAAUGAAGAGCACAAAAGGCAGCUGCUGGCAGAGAGGCAAAAACGCAUUGAGGAGCAGAAGGAACAAAGGAGAAGGCUAGAAGAGCAGCAAAGAAGGGAAAAAGAAAUGAGAAAGCAACAGGAGAGAGACCAAAGACGGCGGUAUGAGGAGCAGAUGCGCAGGGAGGAAGAACGAAGGCGAGCAGAACAUGAGAAGGAAUACAUAAGGCGACAAUUAGAGGAGGAGCAGAGGCAGUUAGAGAUAUUGCAACAGCAGUUACUGCAGGAGCAAGCUCUACUUCUGGAGUAUAAGCGUAAGCAGUUGGAAGAACAGAGACAAGCAGAGCGACUUCAGAGACAGCUUCAGCAAGAGCGAGAUUACCUAGUUUCUCUCCAGCAACAACAACAGCAGCAACAGAGGUCAUCUGAGAAGAAACCACUCUAUCAUUACAAAGAAGGGCUAAACCCUGCAGAGAAACCAGCAUGGGCAAAAGAGGUUCAACAGCGAUCUCUUAGUAAUUCGCCUGUACUUCCAGCUAAGCAGCAACAUACCUCUGCAAUCGAGCAGCAGGGGCCCUUGGUAACCAAAGAUGCAUCUUCUAAUUGGCAGCUCUCCAAUAGGCCAAAUUCUCAGAACCUGCAAGCAUCAGGUCGUGUGAAAAUGGACAACUUAGCUCCAUCCUUGAUAUUACCUUCAAUUCAGAUUUCCAGAUCAGGGCCCUGGACACAGAAUGAAGUGCAAUCUCUAGAUGAUGAAGUCAGAUACUUACUCCAAGUGAACUCACAAGAAAAUGAACCAGGGAGAAAAUCAGUAACAUCCCUUAAAGGGUCCCGGUCACAAGGAUGUAGCCCAGCCAGGGACUCUGGACUGUCCAAGGUAGAGGAACGCUCCAGACUCAAUCGUCAGAGUUCCCCUGCAAUGCCCCAUAAAGUAGCAAACAGGAUAUCCGAUCCAAAUCUGCCUCCAAGAUCAGAAUCUUUUAGCAUUAGUGGAGUACAGCCUGCCCGAACACCGCCAAUGCACAGACCGAUUGAUCCACAGCAACUUCCUCUUUUGGUCUCUGUGAAAACCCAAGGAUCAUCCCUGUCUGCCUCCCAGUCAGUGCAUGAGCAGUCUGCCAAGGGAAUGUCUGCUUUUCAGGAGGGGAUUAUUUCUCAUCGCCCAGAGAUGCCACGGCAGAAUUCUGACCCAACAUCUGAAAAUCCUCCUCUACCUCCUCGCAUUGAAAAAUUUGAUCGAAGUUCAUGGUUGCGCCAGGAGGAAGACCUUCCACCAAAGGUGCCUCAACGGACAACUUCUAUCUCCCCCGCGUUAGCCCGAAAGAACUGUGCUGGCAAUGGUAAUUCACUGGGAAACAGCUUGGCAACUCAACCAGUUAGAGCAAGCAACCCUGAUUUGAGAAGAACUGAAACGGUCAUUGAAAACCCCAUCCAAAGAAUAAGCAGUGGAAGCUCCUCCAGUUCCAGUACUCCAAGCUCCCAGCCUAGCUCUCAAGGGGGAUCUCAGCCUGGAUCUCAAGCAGGUUCAAGUGAGAGGAACAGGGCACGAGCAGGUAACAAUAAACCUGAAGGCUCCCCGUUGCUGCCACAUGAAACAUCUAACUCGAAACCAGAGGAAAACAGAGAUGUGACACGGCCAAGCCGACCAGCUAGUUAUAAGAAAGCUAUAGAUGAGGCCGUUAUCUCACAGACAGUGCCCGCGGAUGAUGGAAAGAUCAUGCCGCGGCGAAUGAAAUCUAAAAAAACGGGGGAAAUGGAUCUGACAGCGCUGGCCAAAGAGCUUAGAGAACUGCGCAUUGAAGAGACUAACCGACCAAUCAAAAAAGUGACUGACUAUUCUUCAUCUAGUGAAGAGUCAGAAAGCAGUGAGGAAGAAGAGGGUGAAAGUGAGGCACAAGAUGGAACUGUUCCAGUUAGUGACAUUCCUAGACUCAUACCAACGGGAAUAUCUGGAAAUGAGCCAUAUAACGCAGGGACACAGGGUAUGGAAAUGUCUCAGUCUGAGACAUUCCGAAGCAUUUCAAGAGAAGGCACUUUAAUGAUAAGAGAGACGUCCGGAGAUAAAAAACGCACUGGCCAUGCUGAGAGUAAUGGUUUUGCCGGCCAUAUUAAUCUUCCUGACCUUGUCCAGCAAAGUCACUCCCCGGUGGGUACACCAACUGAGGCUUUGGGACGAGGUCCUACGCAUGCACAAGAGAUGGAUACUGUGAAUGAAUAUGGCGUGGCAAACAACACCAAAGCCUCCUUCACUCCUUUUGUUGAUCCAAGAGUUUAUCAGACUUCCCCCACUGACAAUGACGAUGAAGAGGAUGAAGAUGAUGAUGACGAUGAAGAGACAUCCGCAACAGCCCUGUUUACUAGCGAACUUCUUAGACAAGAACAAGCCAAGCUGAAUGAGGCCAGAAAAAUAUCUGUGGUAAACGUGAACCCUACCAAUAUUCGUCCUCACAGCGAUACUCCAGAGAUCCGGAAAUACAAGAAACGCUUUAAUUCUGAGAUACUUUGUGCAGCACUAUGGGGUGUAAACUUACUGGUGGGAACAGAGAAUGGACUAAUGUUGUUGGAUCGAAGCGGACAAGGAAAGGUCUACAACCUUAUCAACAGGAGGAGGUUUCAGCAGAUGGAAGUCCUAGAAGGACUCAAUGUCCUUGUCACCAUUUCAGGGAAAAAGAACAAGUUAAGAGUGUACUACCUUUCCUGGCUGCGAAACCGGAUCUUGCACAAUGACCCAGAAGUAGAGAAGAAGCAGGGCUGGAUUACCGUGGGGGAACUGGAAGGCUGUGUACAUUAUAAAGUUGUGAAAUAUGAAAGAAUCAAGUUCCUGGUGAUUGCUUUAAAAAAUGCUGUAGAGAUUUAUGCCUGGGCCCCCAAGCCGUAUCAUAAAUUUAUGGCUUUCAAGUCCUUUACAGACCUCCAGCAUAGACCAUUGCUAUGUGAUCUCACUGUAGAAGAAGGUCAGAGAUUAAAAGUGAUUUUUGGAUCAAGCACCGGCUUCCAUGUAAUUGAUGUUGAUUCUGGCAAUACAUAUGACAUCUAUAUUCCAUCUCAUAUUCAGGGUAACAUCACCCCACAUGCUAUUGUUAUAUUACCAAAAACAGAUGGCAUGGAGAUGCUCGUGUGCUAUGAGGAUGAGGGUGUUUAUGUGAAUACCUAUGGUCGAAUAACUAAAGAUGUGGUGCUUCAAUGGGGGGAAAUGCCCACAUCGGUUGCAUAUAUCCAUUCCAAUCAGAUAAUGGGCUGGGGAGAGAAAGCAAUUGAAAUCCGUUCUGUGGAAACUGGGCAUCUGGAUGGGGUGUUCAUGCAUAAGAGAGCCCAGCGCUUAAAAUUCCUAUGUGAAAGGAAUGAUAAGGUUUUCUUUGCAUCUGUACGAUCAGGAGGCAGCAGCCAAGUCUUUUUUAUGACGCUCAACAGAAAUUCCAUGAUGAACUGGUAACAGAACUAGCCCAGCACUUCUCUCCAUGGCAUUAUUUCUAAACUACAUUUGGUUUUGUAGAUGUGCCCAGCCUUGCAGAACAAGCUGUUUACUCUCACAACCUGCUGUGAAUUCUUGUUCUUGGCUCUCAGAACCAGCUGUGGGUUCCUGUUCUCUUAUCAUUCUGGACUCUCCGGAACCAGCUGUGUGGAUUCCUAUAUCGGUAUUGCUCUUGGGAUAAAGACCAUUGUGUUAUUUUCAAUAAUGAGCCGGAGGAAAAACACAGACUGUAUUGCACCUCCAGGCUGGGAACAUGCGUGGUUCUUAGGCCUUCAGACUGUGUUUUAGUGGCUUAUUGACCUUUUCAUUGUCUUAUUUCCUAAAGGAGAAGGAAAAGGUGUUUCAAAUUGAGCCAGUCUGUGGAUUUAUGUCUGCUUGCCCUGCCACUAUAUAUAUAUAUAUUAUACAUAUGUUGUACAAUUUUCAAGUAAAAAGAGACAGCACAACAAUGUACCUUUUCUGAUUUGCUGAAGGCCACAGCUGUAUAGCUGGGUAAUUUUAAAAUCUUCUUGCCUUCACCAACUUGAAAGUUGCUUUUUGUCAGCAACAGCCUAAAAUUUUUAAUGGGAAUCAACAGCUUCCUCAUCUUUAGGGGAACGUAAUGUUCGUGGCUAAACUACUAGCCUUAGUCUAAACCAAUUAAAUGCCAUUUGUCGAACUGUCUAGCCAAAUGCCUGUCCAUACAUACAACACAGUGUGUAUUGGUGCAGUGCCGGCAGCAGUGAGAUUGGUGCAGUUCACACAGUAGGUAAUAUUUUGUAUAUUAUGCAACAAAUUAGGGCAAAAAAAUGAAAGGGAGUGAAAAACCAAAUUGAUGGUUGCCUUUGCAUCUCUUCCUGGUACUCUCUUGCACACGGCUAUUCAGAGUUUAUAGCUGACAUGGCAAUAAUAGGAAAUUUGCCAGCACUGUCACGAUGACACUUUGUAGUACUAUUAAAUGCUAACCAGAAAUCAGUACUUUGGGAGGCUGUACUCUGGAAAUCAGGGGUAGGCAUGUGUGGCUGUUGGACUGAUGCGCAAUUAGCAGUCCUAAUCCUUAUCCGGCUCUUUCUGAAUGCUGGGGGUUAUGGCUCAGUAACAGCACAUUAUAAGUUAGCCAUCCCUACUGUAAAUGGACAACCACACAAGUCUGUUCUGCCACAGUACAACAGAACCAUCACCACCCAACCUUGUAAAAACAAAAGUUUUAGUUUUUUUUCUUCUGUUUCCACCCCAAAUUACCCAACAUACAGUAAAAGACCACUUCUGUGCAAAAAAAAAAUAUAGAAAAACAAAACGUUAAAAAAAAAAAAAGUGUGUACUUAGUUCAGGUGACGAGUCCUUUAACACAAACGCUCUAAUAAUUUAAAGAUAAAGUACAUGUAUCAGAAGUUCAUUUUAAUAGCUGCAAGCAUGGCUGGCUGUGGUAAUAGGGUGUGACAUCCACAAAACUGUGUUGCGCUUCUUCUUUUAUUAUCAUUGUUUCUCCUUAACCUACCUCGUUUUGUCUCUUUCUUUUGGGUGUCAUUUCUAUUUCUUCUUCUUGUUGAACCGUUGCUUCCCAGACCCCCUACAGAGCUGUGUUAGCUUUAACAUGUACCGGAGACAAAGCAGAAAUCUCAGCCAUAAGACUGCUCAGUGCAAAAUGGUGCCACGGCGUUCAGCGGAGUUUGCUGAUUGGUUAAGCAGUUCAAUAGGGGAUGCACCUGUACUGCGCACAUGAGCUCAACAUCCGUAAUGUAGCAAAUUCACCGACUGGAGACGACGGAUCAAAGCUACACACUCUGUCAUUAACCAUUUGGUUGCCAACAGGUUUAUUUAAUUGCUGUGAUUGUAUUUUGUCGGGUGCUUUGGAACAUUUUGUUGCUAACUGAUGAACCUUUCUAACGUUAAAGCCUUCAGAAUACACCGUCAAAAUGAUUUUUUUAUUGUAGGUUUUUGGGUAAAGUUAUGAAAUAAAAGGGAUUUAUUGUGUUUGAACAUUA